AUGUGGAGGAGUGUUGACUUGAUUACGAAUGCAUCAUCCAAAAUCAUGCAGAGCAACAGCAGUUCCUCCGGACCCCAGAGCGCGCUGAAUGCGUGCGGAGGAGAGGAGGAUGAAAUAUCCGAGCUGGUCAGCCCGACAGGAGCAGCCUCCAACAUUCCAGCUUUUAACCUUUCCCUAAACUGCUGGCUUCACAUCCUCUCUAAAGAGUCGUCCAUGGAUCCGCAUGGAGACAGUGCCAACCUGCCAGUGCGAAUUCUCAUUGCUCUGGUCUACCUGGUGGUUUGUGUCCUGGGGCUUGUGGGUAACCUCCUUGCUCUCUUCCUGCUCCAUUCCCGCCGCCGUGGCCACCACCACUCAUCCAUCGACUGCUUUGUGAUGAGUCUGGCAAUCACGGACCUCCAGUUUGUUCUCACCUUGCCCUUCUGGGCUGUGGAUACGGUGCUGGACUUCCGAUGGCCCUUUGGCAGGGUCAUGUGCAAGAUUGUGAGUUCAGUCACCACCAUGAACAUGUAUGCCAGCGUUUUCUUCCUCACAGCCAUGAGCGUCACCCGAUACCACUCCCUUAUUACCUCCCUGAAGAUGGACAGCCCCAGGACUGCCACUGCUCGAGCCAAGUGGGCCAGUUCAGCCAUUUGGGUGGUGUCACUGGUGGCCACGCUGCCUCAUGCAUUCUACUCCACCACAGUCCAGGUGUCUGCAGAUGAUGAGCUGUGCUUAGUUCGGUUCUCUGACUCUGAUUCAGGUCACUGGGAUCCUCAAGUUCUGCUUGGACUCUACCAAACACAAAAGGUCCUGCUGGGAUUUAUAGUUCCCCUGAUUGUAAUAUCUGUGUGCUACCUCCUGCUGCUGAGGUUCAUCCUGAGCCGCCGCGUUGUAGGCAGUGUGGUAGACAGUAAUAGUGGCAUUGAGAAAUCUGAGUACGAAAGAGGCCGCCACCGCCGCCGCUCCAAAGUCACUCGUUCUGUCACCAUUGUGGUUCUGUCGUUUUUCAUCUGCUGGCUGCCCAACCAGGCUCUCACCUUGUGGGGGGUGUUGAUCAAGUUCGACUUGGUGCCCUUCAGUAAAGCCUUCUACAAUGCCCAGGCCUAUGCCUUUCCCUUGACUGUGUGUCUUGCCCAUGCUAACAGCUGUCUCAACCCAGUGCUCUACUGCCUGAUCCGAAGGGAGUACAGAACUGGAUUGAAGGAGCUUCUGCUGAGAGUUUCUCACUCCAUCCAGAAUGUUGUCUCACUGGCUCUGAGAGGAAGAAGAGUGGAGGAAGCACCACCCAGCAUGGUUAUGAUACACAAGGAUGUUAAUAUGUGAUGUAUUUCGUCAUGAAAAAGUUUCAUAUUUUGGAAAAAGCACUGAACUUUUUUGCUUUUUUUCUGUACAAUAAUUAUGAAAUUAACCAACAAAAAUGGUGUAUUAAUUUAUGAGCUUUGGGGGUGCCCAAGGUGAACUCUAUGACCGUAAGACUGACCCAGGCUGUCAGUUUACUCCCUGUUCCUGGCCCUCUUGCUAAAGUAAGCUCAGACACCAUCUGUGUCCCAGGCAGAGCAAGAACUAGCUGCUGAGUGAGCUGGUGCCACCUGACGUCUACCUGAACAGGGCAAUAGCAUCUGGUAGCAUUCAGACAAAUUUUGAGCUACCAACAGCUAUACAUCCACUAAUGUCCACUAUGACAGUGGCCACCAUUCAGGCCGAAUGAAUUGGCGCUAAUCACUAGCUGCCAGGACUGGGUCCUGCUGAAUGAGCACAGAUACUAGCAUACACCUGGACAGGACAGAGCCAGCCAGCAGCUGAUAGCAGCCAGAAAACAGCUUGAAUGCUUCCAGCCACUGACAACCUCCACCACACUCUCCCCACAACCUGCACGAACAUCUCACUUCAUGGUGGGCAGUGACUUGGGCAGUCUAGGAAGCUAAAAGAAGGCCUGUUUUUUGUUGAUACAUUUCUUCACUUGGCAACUGAAAUUAUCCAGUAUUUGCUUCUACAACUUCUCAGAAAUUUUGAAGUACUCACAUCGACAAUCAUGGAUCACAUUUACCAACACCCACACACUUCACACUAACCGAAACCAUUCCAUUAACAAUGGGGGAGUGUGUAAGCAUCAUUAGCUUGCUAGAUGAUUACAGCAGGAUGUUUUCUGCCUCAGCUGGGAUUUUACCACACAUCUGUAGCUAUUAACAUGGGACUGCACAGGAGUAGAUGUACUGUAUAUGGAGAAGAAUUGAUAGAUAACAUAAUAAUGUUAAAACUAUAAGUAAUUAGCAGAGUUAGCAAACAGAAAUGUCCUGCUAUAAUCGUUGUUGUUGUGGUUUGUUGUACUGUUUACCUUCAGAUUAUAGAUUAGAUUGUUACUCCAACAUAUACGGCUGGAUCUGAGGUGAUGUCUUGCUUGAAAACACCAUGCUGAGUGAAAUGAAUAGAAAUGAUCAUCACAGGUUCAAUUUGAUCUUUGCCAAGUCAGACACAAUUCACAAAGUUGUUUCCAUUUCUACUAAUGUGCAUCUACUCACCAUCAAAAUACGCAAAACCACCUCAAGUGCAGAUAAAUGUAAUUUUUUUAUGUGUGCAAGUUUUUUUUUUUUUUUUUAUUUAGAUUUGUACAUUUUCCAGUUGCUGUUUUUAGUUUAAUAUCUUAGAAAUGCAAACCAAAAAACAACAAAAGUAACCCAACCGCUGUUGCUCCUAUUCCAAACACCAGGUCAGAGUCAAGCAUUAAUGCAUCAGAAUUUCACCUCAGUUUGUCCUAUUGAGAGGAAUUAACUUUAAAUUUCCAACAGUGACUAACUUAAUCUUGUGGCAGGUGAAAUUCAAGUGUUGGUACACAUGUUACUUAAUCAAAUUCCCAGUUUGAUCCACAUCCUUCCAAAUGGUGCCAUGGCUCCAGCACAAAGCAGUCACUUUAGAUGGCCUCAAAGAAUAAUGCAAUUUAGUUUUAAAUUACUUUCUUUUCCGGCAAAUAGUUACAGUUAACAAAGCAGUUUAUUAGAUGGUCUAAAACACUUAAUUACUGUUUUAUAUCAACUAAUGAUGUAGGGAUCACAAACUCCAGUCCAUGAGGGCCACUGAAGUGCAGGUUUUAGAUGUGUCCCUG